AUGGAGGAGACCAACACAACAGACCUCCUUCAGAAUGAAACAAAUUCUGGAUAUGAGAACAAUGAGGGAUAUUUUGAUUACGAAUGUGGAUUUUCAUUUGACGGAAUUAUGGUGGUUUCAGUUGUCUGUAUGGGGAUCUGUGUCUUUGGAAUGGUGGGGAAUGGGAUAGUCUUGUGGUUCCUGGGCUUCCAGAUGAAGCGGAACCCUUUCACAGUCUACAUCCUAAAUCUGGCAGUUGCUGACUUCUCUCUGCUUCUCCUGUAUUUUCUGGACAAAUUGGCAAUUCUCAACAUAACAAAACUUUGUUAUAAAUUGAAUUCUUUUUUUGAUUUUUACUUCAAUUUUCAAGAUGCAGUUGCAUUUCUGUGCCACUUCUUUCUCCUUAGCAGCCUGAGUCUCCUGACAGCCAUCAGCAUGGAGCGCUGUGUCUCUGUCAUCUUCCCAAUCUGGUAUCUCUGCCACCGCCCAAAGCACUUAUCAGGCAUCGUGAGUGGGGUGCUCUGGGCCAGCGUCGGGGCUUUCAUUUUGUCAUGUUAUCUUUGCUUUCUAUUUGGUCAAAGAUAUUGCACGGUAUUUGCGGGUGUGUUCAUUGUGUAUUCAGUGAUUUUGUCAUUAAUGAUGUUGAUUUCCAACGCGGCCAUGGUCAUCAGGCUCCGAUGCUGCUCACAGAGACGGCACCUGGGGAAACUCUAUGUUGCUGUUGUGCUCAAUGUCAUCUUCUUCUUUGUCUUUGGGAUGCCCUUCAUUGUACUUGCUUUCCUUCAUCUUUCAUUUUCGAAUGAUGUAGAUCUUCUGAAAGUGACUCUUGUGCCGACUCUGCUGAACAGCAGCGUGAAUCCAGCCAUUUACUUCCUGGUGGGGAGCUGUCAGCAGCACCGCUUCCGAGGCUCCAUCAAAGUCGCCCUGAGCCGAGUGUUUGAAGAGAAAGCGAGGAGUGAGGAGCAAGGAGGAGAGCCCCGUGCCCGAGGGCAUCCGGAUGGAGAGCAGUGUCCCAGGCACUGCUGGGGAGGGGGAGGCCUGAGCUGUGCUCCCCGUUGCAAUGAGCCUCAUGGCCGUGGCCCCAGUGAAUAA